AUGAGUAUGAAUAGGCCACUCAAUGAAGCUGAAAUCCUACAAAUUGUUGAAGAUGAACAGUUCUGGGAGGAUUGUAAUUCCACAGAAAAUUCAGAAGAAGAUGAAAAUAUUUUCGAAGUGCAAGACAGAGUAGCUGCUACUGAAGCUAUGCUAGAUGAAGGAGAUAGGAGUGAACCUGGGGAGAGUGAUCAUGAAGAAAUAAGCGAACAUGACAGUGAUAGCGAACUUGAAUGGCAUGAUAAUGAACAAGAAUCUGAAGGUGCAGAGAGAAAGACUAAAGAAGUUGACGAAUAUAAUCGUCAAGCUUUUUAUGGCAAAGACAAAGCGAAAUGGUCGAAAAAUGCACCAACAAGAGAAGGAGAAAUUGCCGAUCGCAGUUCUCUGCUUCCUUCAUUCAUAAUACAGACCAAGAAGAUAGAGGCUUUCAUUGGUCUGCUCUAUUUAACAGGCAUUCUUAAAUCAGGACAUGAGGAUCUCAGAUCUCUAUGGGCCAAUGAUGGAACGGGCAGAGACAUAUUCAGGUGCACUAUGUCACUUGCAAGGUUUUCUUUCUUGCUCUCCUGUAUUCGAUUCGAUGAUGAUAGUACAAGGAAGGAAAGACUGAAGGAAAACAAGUUGGCCGCAAUAUCUGAGUUAUUUAAUCAAUUCGUCCAUAAUUCAAAGAGUUGUUAUUCUCCUUUUCUACAUUUGACGAUAGAUGAAAUGCUAGUUCCAUUCAGAGGUUGCUGUGGAUUCCGAAUGUUCAUGCCAAGUAAGCCUGCUAAAUAUGGGAUCAAGAUACAGGUUUUAGCAGAUGCAAAAACACAUUACAUGGUGAACACGGAAAUAUAUUGUGGAAAACAGACACCAAGUAAGGCUUGUUUGGAAAAAGGAGAGAAACUAUCCCUUCCAACACAAGUGGUUAUGAGGUUGAUUGAACCUGUGAAAGGGUCCAAUAGAAAUAUAACUACCGAUAAUUGGUACACCUCAUUAGAACUUGCAAAUGCCCUGAAAAAAGAGAAGUUGACGUUAGUAGGUACUUUGAGGAAAAAUAAAGCUUUCAUUCCACCAGAAUUUCUACCGUCCAGAGGAAAGGAAAUUGGAAGCUCCCUAUUUGGGUUCACUUCUGAUUUGACGAUUGUUGCUCAUGUUCCGAAGAAAAACAAAUCUGUGAUUUUAUUAUCCUCUAUGCACUCAGAUGAUAAAGUUGAUGAAAAAAGCAAGAAGCCAGAUAUUAUAUUAUUUUACAACAGUACGAAGGCUGGCGUAGACGCAUUAGAUCAAAAAUGCGCAAACUACAGUACAUCAAGAAGAACUCGCAGAUGGCCAAUGGCAAUAUUUCACAUGAUUUUGAAUGUUUCUGGAGUGAAUGCCAGAGUUCUUUAUCAGCUUUCACCCACCGGAAAGGAACUAACGAGAAUAGACUUCCUGAAAACAUUAGCCAAGGAGUUGUGUAGAUCACAUGUAGUAACCAGGAUAUCUAACCCUAAGAUAUCACUCAAACUUCGAAAUUUAGCAGCGAACAUAUUUGAUUUUGAGAUUUCCCAUCCACUAGAGCCUCAGCCUCGGGUAGGAACUUCGAAAAGAAAGAGAUGUGCCAUUUGUCCAUCGAAAAAAAAACACCUUCUGUUCGAUGUGUAA